CACAGCCAGCCAUAAGCUGUAAAUUAGCCACGCACUGGCACUUGCGCACACUCCAUCCAAAGUCGUUGCGGCCAAAUCGAGUAUACGCAGCGUGGAGCGAGACAUUUUUGUAGCUGCAGUUGCAGCUGGAGAUGAGCUGGUCUCCCUCCAGAGCUGGUCAUGGCCAGACAAUUUGCAGUAACCAAAAAUCAAUGACCGACCGGUUUUGCAUAGGCUUUCAGUGUUUUGUCGUCGGUGCUGGUUGUCGAUGGUAACGUAACAACUUUCGCUGAAACGUCAUUCCCAACAGCAGCAGCAGCAGCAACAGCAGCAGAGAGCCAAAUGGCAAAAGGCAGGCCAAGAGAUAAAGCCACGAUAUCAGCACGAGAUGAUGAUGAAGCAGAAGAAAUUCAGUUCCAGUUCGGCCUCCUCUUCGCCUUCUCCGACUGCUGGUCUGGCGCUGUGUCGUUUGUUCGCCAUUAAGGCGACAUGGUCUAGACCAGUUUUGGAGGAGCGAAAAUUCGGAAGUGCAGCCCCGAGAGAGAUUUCGAGUGGCAUGCCAGGGAAGCGACUCAUUUGAAUAAUUGAAAUCCACUUGCACUGCAAUUAAGAGCACAAAGCGAAAUGUUUGCAUUUCCACACUUUCGAUGAGGAACGGAGUCAAAGUCAAGACGAAAAUCGAAUGCAAUGAGCUUGACUAUGCCCAAAUUGCCGGAAAAUUUCAUUUCAGAAAUCGAAUUGCUUUGGGUCUGUCUGUCUAUCGCUCUCAUCUGCAUCUGCUGAACAUGCCAAACAUUCAAUCGCAUUUGAAUUGGAAGUGCAGCUGGAGCCGGAGCUGGCGUUAGAGUUGGUGCCCGGCUGUGGAGCGGAAGUUGUUAAGAGCCCCACAAGCCCCCAUUCAAAUGAUGCAGUCUCACGCGCCUGAGCCGAGCAACAAGUCCAACAACUGGCUGUGCGUGGAACCGCUUACAUUCUCACCGUCCAAUCAGUCUGAGAGAAAUGUACAGUCGCUAAUUACCCUUGCAUGGGUCGUGCCCUGACGUUGCCCCUCGGCAGGUUUCGUCAGGUUUGAACAUGAAAAGUGCAUGCCAGCACAUCUCCUUCUAAACAGUGUCCGACACUGGUUGUGCCACAAAAAUUGGCGACCGGCCGGAUUUUCAAACAGUUUCGCGAUGACUUCAGAACGGCUCGUUGUGGCUCUACUCUGUCUCGGGCAGGUAACUGCCCAACUGUCCAAUUUAAGCCUUCACGAAGGAGUAGACUUGGAGGAGAAGUUGCUAAGAUUGCUUCUGAGACUGCGCGUGGAGCAGAGCUUUGAAACUCUGGUCAUCUACGGAGAAGAAUGCGCAUUCCAUUCAAUGCUGAGACACUCGCUGGGACCCACUGUGCUGGUGUCCUCGGGAAGCACUGAAUCCGAUUGGAGCUUCAGCAGCUCGACACUAAUCUUGAGCUGUGGAGCUAGAGCUGAGAGGGAGGGCAACUAUCGCACUCUGAUGAAGCUGCAAAUGAGAAGGCGUCUGCUAUACCUUACGGAAGACAUUCAGCCAGAGGAGGUCUGCGACAACUACUCUCUGAAAGAGCAAUACAACAUAGCCAUGGUGAAGGCGGACUUUGUUCAAUCAGGCAGCAUCUACACCUGUCGCUGCUUUCAACAGCUCAACUUUGAAGAGCUGGAUCUAUUCGACCAUAAACCAAUUUUUGUGGAACAAUUCAGAAAUAUGCGCAGGGCCACAAUCAAAACUCUGGCGGAUCACUUGGCCCCUCGAUCUAUGUCGUAUCAUGAUGAGAAGACUGGCGAGGAGAAAAUGGUUGGUUACGUGGCCAAUCUGAUCAAUAGCUUCGCCCAGAAGGUAAAUGCAACCUUGGACUUUCGUUCCGUAAGGAAGGAUGGCGAGAAGACAGAGUCCGUAUUUAAGGACAUAGUAAGAUGGGUGAAGGAGGAUCGUUUAGACCUUGGCACCACCAUGGUAAGCUCUCUGCAGGUACUGAAUUUGGAUUCAUUGAGCUAUCCUUAUUUGCUGACAUCGUACUGCCUGAUGGUUCCGAUCCCCGCCAGGCUGCCGUACAACCAGAUAUACGCAGUUAUAGUAGAUCCACUUGUGCUCUGCAUCAUCCUCAUUCUUUUCUACCUGCUCUCAGCUCUGCUGAUCUACAGCCAGCAAUUGUCCUGGCGAGGCCUCACCCUAGCCAAUAUCCUGCUGAACGACAAGAGCCUGCGCGGCCUUUUGGGCCAGUCGUUUCCGUUUCCGCGAGACCCAAGGAGGAACAUGAAGCUCGUCUUCUUCAUUCUGUGCUUCGCUAGUCUGAUGAUCACCACCAUGUACGAGUCGUAUCUUCAGUCCUUCUUCACGCGCCCUCCGCCUGAGCCAUCGAUCCGUACCUUCCAGGAUAUUGCCAAUUCCCGCCACAAGCUCGCCAUCAGUAGAUUUGAGAUGAACGUUUUGUCCGCCCGAAAAAGUUCCAAUAUUCACCUGAUACGCAGGAAUCGUAUUUGUGUCCUCGAAGAUCAUGAGGAUUUCGUGCUUCUACGCAAUUCAUUUAAUGACAGCUACGUUUACACGGUAAGCGAGGAUCGCUGGAGCACCUACCAGGAGCAGCAGAGGAUGUUUGCGCAGCCCUUGUUCUACUACUCACUCGAUCUCUGCUUCAAUCGCUUUCUGUUUUUCCAUAUCCCACUGCGUCCCCACCUGCCAUACCGGCACCUCUUCGAGGAGCACAUGCAGCGGCAGCAAGAGUUCGGAUUAGUGAAAUUCUGGAAGAGCAGGAGCUUCUUCGACAUGGUAAGGCUUGGUGUUACGCCCAUGAGGGACUCCAGCCCGCCGCCAUAUAUCAACCCGUCCAUUCUGGUGAAUGACAUCUCCUGGAUACUGAAGCUCUAUGGGGCAGCCAUGGGUAUAAGUUGCUGCUGCUUUAUCCUCGAGCUUUGGUUUUGGAGAAGAAGGAGAAAGCCGCACAAUGCCAUCCUCCAACAUUAAUUCAACCACUUAUCUCGAGCCCAU